UCAGACCGAGACUCGAGAGUCGUCGAGGCUCGAGUCGUAGCUUGCAGUCCUGUGGAAAAGAACCUAAAGCCCGUCCGUUGCCACGCUCUCAUCAACCUCCUCAGUUGCAAUCCAUCCUCAACUUAAUUCAACAACCCUAACUAGACUGUCGCUGACAGGUGCGAGAAAUUAUUUGGGACUGAAGCGAGGGGUACUACGACAGAGACAUGGACAAUGUGCAAAUGAUCGGCACUAAAAUCACUGCUAUCAAGGAUUACUUAUAUAAUUUCGCCAGGACACAUUCACCAACCAGACUCAUGAGUUCUGAAAAUACAUAUUCCCUCAGUAGGGAGCACUGCAACCUCAAAUACUCUGACAUCAUUCCCCAAAAUGCUGAGGGGUAUCCAGCAACCAAGGAAUUCCUGAUGAAAGUUGUAGACAUUCUUCUGGACUACAUCAAAACACAGAAUGAUCGCAACUCAAAAGUUUUGGAUUUUCACCAUCCAUCUGACCUGCAGCAGCUUUUGGAUCUUGAAAUUCCUGAUAAUGGACUCACUCUUCAACAACUUCUUAUUGACUGCUCUACUACUCUCAAGUACCAAGUGAAAACUGGUCAUGCUCAUUUCUUCAACCAGCUUUCAUGCGGUCUAGACAUUGUAUCGAUGGCUGGUGAAUGGCUUACAGCAACUGCCAAUACAAACAUGUUCACCUAUGAAAUAGCUCCAGUUUUCAUCCUCAUGGAGAAUGUUGUCCUUCAAAAAAUGCGAGAGCUUAUUGGUUGGAAUACUGGAGAUUCAAUCUUGGCACCUGGUGGUUCCAUCAGCAAUCUUUAUGCUUUUCUUGCUGCUAGACAUAGAAUGUUUCCCCAAUAUAAAGAACGUGGGCUCUCUGCUAUUCCUGGACAACUUGUCAUGUUUACUUCUGAUCAGUGCCAUUAUUCCGUGAAAUCGUGUGCUUCCGUGUGUGGUCUUGGUACUGACAAUUGUGUAAUGGUACCAAGUGAUGAGCGUGGCCGUAUAAUUCCAUCGAAGCUUGAGGAAUUAAUUCUCGAGCGUAAAGCCAAGGGACAUAUUCCAUUUUUUGUUAAUGCUACAGCUGGAACAACUGUGAUUGGUGCUUUUGACCCUAUUACUGAAAUAGCUGAUAUCUGUCAAAAAUACGGACUCUGGCUUCAUAUUGACGCGGCUUGGGGUGGUGGAUUACUUCUCUCAAGAAAGUACCGACAUCCUCGACUCACUGGAAUUGAACGAGCUGAUUCUGUCACCUGGAACCCUCAUAAACUGAUGGGAACUCUUCUCCAAUGCUCAACCAUUCAUUUCAAGGAAGAUGGUCUCCUAAUUAGCUGCAAUCAAAUGUCAGCAGAGUAUCUCUUCAUGACAGAUAAACUCUAUGAUGUCAGAUAUGAUACUGGUGAUAAGGUCAUUCAAUGCGGACGUCAUAAUGAUAUUUUCAAGCUCUGGCUUCAGUGGCGUGCUAAGGGAACUGAAGGAUUUGAAAAACACAUGGACAGGUUGAUGGAACUCAGUGAAUACAUGACAAAACGUAUUAAAUCAAUGCCUGAUAAAUUCUACUUAAUCUUGGAACCUGAAUUAGUGAACGUUUGUUUCUGGUAUCUCCCUACGCGGGUUCGAAACAUGCCUCAUGGUCCUCAGAGAGAAAAAAUAUUGGGAGAGAUUUGUCCAAUCCUAAAAGGUCGAAUGAUGGAAUCAGGGACACUGAUGGUUGGUUACCAACCAGACGAUCGCAGACCCAAUUUCUUCAGGAAUAUUAUUUCUAGUGCUGCUGUAACGGAAGCUGAUGUUGAUUUCCUGCUUGCAGAAAUGGAUCGACUUGGCCACGACUUGUAAAACUAUUCAUACCAACUUCAAUCUAUCCUAAUAAGGGCAACCAUGAAUAUUGGAGUAAAAACAUAUGAUUUCACAACAGAAAGAAAGUCGAAUGUAUUAAACACCUUCAAUGCAACAAAAGAAUCAUUUUGUUCAUUAAAGACUCUUGAUGCAUUCAACAUCAUGAAGAGAAUUUUUAAAGACGAAAAAAUAUAUAUAUUGAUAAGUGUUAAUAAUCUGUUAAGCUUAACAAGGAGAAAAGUCUUAAAAAAGAUAACCGAUAUUGGUCUUCAUAGAAUGAAGGAGAUGGAACUGAGUCAAAAAUAUAAUACACUGCAUAUCCAAAAAUUAAAGCUAUUUAGAAUAAAGAAAGAAAUAAGAAUAACAACAAUACAAGUAAUGAAAGAUUAAGGAAUUGUACGCAGCGAGCUGGCUCGUUUGUGAAUGAAAUAUUUGAUGAGAAAUAAAUAUAAAGAGUUUGAUUGAAUGAUUAGAACAACAGUAGAAUAGAGGGUUAAUAACAGAAAGUGAGAGAAUGACAAAUAAUAGUUGAUAAAAAAUCAGAAUGUGAUUUAGCAUGGAAUUGGAUAGUUAAUGUUGAAAUAUCAAGAGAUUUAAGGAUAUCAAAACAAAGAAAAUGAUGACUGUACGCCAAGACUUAGUUAUAAAUGCCCACGAAUAUAUUAUUAUCAUUAUUUGCUGUUGAAUAAUCGAAUUGAGUAUAAAGUAUAUCAAAUAUAAAUUAAAUAUAUAUAAAUAACAAAGAAAACAAAAA